UUAUUCGAUGUUUGCGUCCCUCAUUUCUGACGAAAAAUGUCAGAGAAAAAUAGGCCACUACAGCAAUUAUCUUCAAAUUCAAUUUCUGCAAAGGAAUUAGCCAGAAGUUUAGGUUUGGUCAAGAAAGGACCCUCGUCCUCAGAUCGACAGAAAUGUCGCGCUAAGGAGAUGAAACAACGUCAAUAUUUUUCAUACCUAAUUGUUCUUGACUUUGAGUCCACUUGCUGGAAAGACAAGAAAAUGAAUUAUGCCCCAGAAAUAAUUGAAUUCCCUGCAGUGCUGCUAAAUACAAACAGUGGUGAAAUUGAGUCUGAAUUUCAUAUGUAUGUACAGCCUCAAGAGCACACAAAACUGAGUGAUUUCUGCAAAGAGCUGACAGGAAUAACUCAGGCUCAAGUGGAUGGUGGUGUUCCCAUUGGCACAUGUCUGAUGCUGUUUGGACGUUGGCUACAAGAGAUGAAAGACAAAAAAGGAUUCAAGUUUCCUUGUGAAGAUGGACAAAAACAAGAUCAAGAAAACAGUACAGAUUGUUGGAUUAAGUGGUGCACAUUUGUUACAUGGUCAGACUGGGAUUUGGGAACUUGUCUCAAGAAUGAAUGCAACAGGAAGCAGCUUAGAACACCUCAUUCAAUGAGGAGCUGGAUUGACCUCCGAGCAACAUAUAGGAAUUUUUACUGUCGUAAGCCUCAGGGAUUGGCAGGUGCUCUUCAAGAUCUGGGAAUCAAAUUUUCCGGAAGAGAACAUUCAGGGUUAGAUGAUGCCCGAAAUACAGCUCGGCUUGCUUGGAGAAUGAUCUCUGAUGGAUGUGUUAUGCAAAUAACAAAGAGCUUAGACGGGAUGUUGGAAAAGUUUUGCGAGAUCGUUACUAAGAAUGGUUACUUGAAAACUGGUUCAUUGGCUACACAAGACAUGGAACCCACAACUGGAACUUUUCUCAAGCAUUCCUAUGAUGGCAAAGUGAAUUCUUUAACAGAGGCAAAAACCCGAAAGCUUCAAGUUCAACAAUCUACACUUCCAGAAAGAAAGACAUACAAAAGUUUACACGUUUCCUCUGGGCAAGCGAAGCGUCAGAGCGGAAGAGAAACUACUGGGCUCGGUAGGCAACGCCAUGAAGCUGUUAACGAAAAAGCUGCGGUUGAUUAUUCACUUGGAAAAGUGACGAUCGCGGGGAAAGAUCACUCCGCGGAAAUUAAAGGAAGUGAGCUUAAAGACGGUCAUGAUGCGAGACUUAUGCCUUCUGUAACUGGUCUAAAAAGGAGGGCGCCACAGAAUAUUGUAGGAUUGGCUGCCGCAAAUGCUCGCCUGGUAUCCGAUGAGAGCUUCGACAGCACUCUAAAGAGUCUUAUCGCUCCUUUAACAAGCUUGUCAAAUUUAACGAAAAGAGUAAGAAGCAAUUAUGGAGAAUUUACUCAAGAGACACCCAAAUCCUCAGGUUCGGGGCUUCUUUUGAAGAGAGGACUGGUAAAACAAACUCUUAGCAUCAAGCAUUUCACAGCACUGGAACACAGCAAUCAACAAACAUCCCGUGGAGUUGGACAAAACGAAAGCUCCAAGCCAUGCAAACCAGGAAAUAUUGAAAUGAACGCUGCAACAACACCUUCGCUCACUGUCCAAGCAAAUAAAGCUCUUCUUAAAGAAAAGCACAGAGAGAAAAAAAACUUGAACAAUGAGAACUGUACUUUCGCACGUCGAUUUAAUACAAAGUAUAACAAUUAUAAGAAAAAACCUAACCUCUCCACCCCUCCCUCAAUUACGACAAAAGUGAAUUCCUCUGUCACCCCACCCAUAGUUUGUUUUAAUAGAGGCGGUGUCACUCCACCGCUGUGUCAGUGUGGGCGCCGCACUCGUCGGAGGUCUGUCGUUAAUCCGGGACCUAAUCAAGGCAGAGCUUUCUUUACGUGUUCGUUAAGUCAUGGUAGAUUAGGUCAUGAGACAAAUUCUGCUGAUAAAAAGGCUAAAAGAGGGUGCAGCUUUUUUCGUUGGGAGGUGAAUCUGUAGCCUCUUGCAGUCGAAGAUGAGCUUUGGCAUGAUAAUAAUAAUGAUAAUUGCAAUAAACUGUUUGAUGUGCAGUCUUCA